AUGAACACUCAGCUUUACCUUUUCGUUCUUGGCAUUCUGACAAAACUCGCAUUUUCAAACCAGACCCCACAGAAAAUGAUAUUGAUCCACGGCGCGCCAAUGAUCUACUUCAACUUCACCGAGAAAACUGCCACCUGGGAAACUUGCAUCACUACCUGCUACAGUAGCCCGGGCUGUAUCGUAGCAGGAUUUGAGGAUGGAAUCUGUAAACUGUUUGAGAUUGGUAGUAUCUCAACAAUCAAGAGAUUGGAUGCGAAUUCCGGGAAGCAGGUGGCAGUGAAGAUCAUCUCCAACUUGACCAGCUGCGCCUCUACCGCAGCUGGAAACUCCUUGCAAAGUCUGAUAGAACCUGAUCAACCCUACAACAUCACCAUAUCUCUGGACACCUGGACUAUCCGGCAGCCUCCCAAGUGCCCGGAGAACUUCCAAAUCUUUGAGAGACCGUUAGGGUCAUGGUGCAUCGGGGUAAUCACUCAACAAAAAGCCACUCAGCCAGAAGGCACCAGGUACUGCCGGGAGGUGUACAAUGGAGUUCUUAGUGGAUUCGAUAAUAACACGGAGAAGGAAUUUGUUGUCAAGAGCACAAAGGGUACGGUAGCCAGUGGAAAUGGGUACCAAGGCGAUGCAUAUUGGGUGAAUGGGGAGCGGAAGAGCAGUUGUAUGUGGAAAAAUCAAACUGGGCCGGACUGUGAGGGAGUUAAGGCCUUCACAAUAACCGACCCACUAAUCUCCACGAUCUCCUACAAUUGGGGUGAUUAUGAGCCAAGUGGGAUGAUUGAUAACCAGGGUACGAGCAAUUGUAUAGUGUUUCGAGUUGGUAGAACAGUUGGAAGAGGGACUGAUGAUGCACCGUAA